AUGAGCGUCACACGACCGGCAAGGUGCCUUUUCUGUACAUUUUCCAAACCAAAUCUCAUUCGCUACCCCCGACGACAAUUCCACUCGACUCCUGUAUCGUGUACUCCUCGGAAACCGAAGCAUGAGAAUAUUAAAGCCUCAGACGUCGAGGGCUGGCUAAAACAGCAUACGCCCGAAAAGUCAAGACCCUAUACCGAAGCUGAAAAGGCUCACAUGAAGACUGUCUACUCGCCAGAACAAAUCAAAGCAAUUGAGGCCGGAGAGAAAGCUAUACCUGAUAAAGAUGUGGAUGAGCAGUUCAAUCUGAGAGAUGAUCCGUGGGCACUCAAAUAUGUGGAUGACUUUUCCACCAUCGAGCCUGUUGUCGACCACCACAUCCGUUCUCCCAUCACCAACCACGACCCCAACUCCCGCUUGAAAACCCACGAUGAAUUGGUGGAUGAUGUUGCCAAUUUUAUUAAGGACAUGCCCGAUGAACCUUCAGCGUUAAGCUUACAAAAGUUCUUCGAAAAUGUGCGAUUGACCACCGGAAAAGCAGAAGCUGAACUCGACCCUCAUAGCGCUGCUGUGCCAGACGUGUUUGAACCGGGAGAGAACUUCUCUAACAUUGGCCGUCACGAGCCUCCCCCUCUAUUCGAGAAGGAGAAAAGUUUCGCAUCCACGUCUGAACUGACGGACUCGCAAAAGAAAUUGAUGGCUGUAACCGGAUUGAGCGCAAAUGCUCUUAAGCAGAUACAGACUAAGGUUCUCGUCAGUCAUCGAGUUGUCAAUCAGACUCGUCUAGGCAAAAUUCAAAAGGCCUACGUUCUCGUUGUUGCAGGUAACAAGAAUGGUUUGCUUGGAAUUGGGGAAGGAAAAUCCGAGGAAGCACCCGCCGCCAGAGAGCAAGCAGAAUACCGAGCAAUUCGCAGUAUGCAGCCAGUCCCAAGAUACGAGAGGCGGACAAUAUUCGGAGAUGUCAAGGGAAAAGUUGCGGGAACAGAAUUGAUCCUGAUGAAUCGACCACCAGUUACUAUAUUUCUCAUUGUUCUCUGUUCCGUCUCUUUGCUAACAACAAUUUCAAUAUCAGGGUUUGGCCUUCGUUGCUCCCAGCGGAUUUGGGAAAUGUGCCGUCUUGCCGGAAUCAAGGAUCUGGCUGCCCGUGUUUCUCGUUCCAGAAACCCUAUGAACACCGCAAAGGCUGCCUAUAAGGCGCUGAUGAGCCAAAAGGACCCGGAAGAGGUUGCUCGGGCCCUAGGAAAGAAGCUUGUCGAUGUAAGGAAGGUUUAUUACGCCGGAAAGGUGUAA